GCUAGUAGGAAGCUCCAGCGCUACACCGGCGGCGGCGGCAGCAGCGGCGGCGGCGACGGCCGAGCGGCCGGAUUCCCCGGCAGCGACCUCGGGCUCUCCCCCUUCCCCACCGACCCCUGUUCCCGCUCCGUCCCGUUCUGGGCCUCUCGCUUGAGUUCCCCGCCGGCGAGCGGGCGCCACCGGCCGGAGCGUCCAUCCACGCGCCGUCUCUCGGCGGGCCAGGCCGUGCCGGGGAGCGCAGCCCCGGCGGAGGGCGGCCCGGGGCGGAGCGGGGGGCCUGCCCCGGGGCGGUGGUGCGGGAUGCCGCCGCCGCCACCGCCGGGUUGCGUUGGCUCUCGGCGAGCGGCGCGCGUGUCGGGUGGGUGUCCGGCCGCGGGCCUCGCCCCCCAGACUCCUCGCCGGCGCUAGCCGGGCCGCGCGGCGCCCCGAGGGGGCCGGGCCGUGCGCGGGCUGUGGCCCUUCUCCGCGCCGCGAGCCGCCGCCCCUCCGCCCGCCCCGAGGCGCCCCGCGGGCACCAUGCAGGCGCAGCAGCUGCCCUACGAGUUUUUCAGCGAGGAGAACGCGCCCAAGUGGCGGGGGCUGCUGGUGCCUGCGCUGAAAAAGGUUCAGGGGCAAGUUCACCCUACUCUUGAGUCUAAUGAUGAUGCUCUUCAGUAUGUUGAAGAAUUAAUUUUGCAAUUACUAAAUAUGCUGUGCCAAGCUCAGCCCCGGAGUGCUUCAGAUGUGGAGGAACGUGUUCAAAAAAGUUUUCCUCAUCCAAUUGAUAAGUGGGCAAUAGCUGAUGCCCAAUCAGCUAUUGAAAAGAGGAAGAGAAGGAAUCCUUUAUCCCUGCCAGCAGAAAGAAUUCAUCAUUUGUUAAGGGAGGUCCUCGGUUAUAAAAUUGACCACCAGGUUUCUGUUUACAUAGUAGCAGUAUUAGAAUACAUUUCUGCAGAUAUUUUAAAGUUGGUGGGGAAUUAUGUAAGAAAUAUACGGCAUUAUGAAAUUACAAAACAAGACAUUAAAGUGGCAAUGUGUGCUGAUAAGGUAUUGAUGGAUAUGUUUCAUCAAGAUGUAGAGGAUAUAAAUAUCUUAUCUUUAACUGAUGAAGAACCUUCCACCUCAGGAGAACAAACUUACUAUGAUUUGGUAAAAGCAUUCAUGGCAGAAAUUCGACAGUAUAUAAGAGAAUUAAAUCUAAUUAUAAAAGUUUUUCGAGAACCCUUUGUCUCUAAUUCCAAAUUGUUCUCAUCUUAUGAUGUAGAAAACAUAUUUAGUCGUAUAGUAGAUAUACAUGAACUUAGUGUAAAGUUACUGGGCCAUAUAGAAGACACUGUAGAGAUGACAGACGAAGGCAGCCCCCACCCAUUAGUAGGAAGCUGUUUGGAAGACUUAGCAGAAGAACUGGCAUUUGAUCCAUAUGAAUCAUAUGCUCGGGAUAUUUUACGACCUGGAUUCCAUGACCGUUUUCUUAGUCAGUUAUCAAAGCCUGGGGCAGCACUUUAUUUGCAGUCAAUAGGCGAAGGCUUCAAAGAAGCUGUUCAGUAUGUUUUGCCCCGGCUGCUGCUUGCCCCUGUGUACCACUGUCUGCAUUACUUUGAACUUCUGAAGCAGUUAGAAGAAAAGAGUGAAGAUCAAGAAGACAAGGAGUGUAUGAAGCAAGCAAUAACAGCCCUGCUUAACGUCCAAAGUGGCAUGGAAAAAAUUUGCUCCAAAAGUCUUGCAAAACGAAGACUAAGUGAGUCUGCAUGUCGGUUUUACAGCCAGCAGAUGAAGGGGAAACAACUAGCCAUCAAGAAAAUGAACGAGAUCCAGAAGAAUAUUGAUGGUUGGGAGGGGAAAGACAUUGGACAGUGCUGCAAUGAGUUCAUAAUGGAAGGAACUCUUACACGUGUAGGAGCCAAACACGAGAGACACAUAUUUCUCUUCGAUGGCUUAAUGAUUUGCUGUAAAUCAAAUCAUGGGCAGCCAAGACUCCCUGGUGCUAGCAGUGCAGAAUAUCGGCUUAAAGAAAAAUUUUUUAUGCGAAAGGUACAAAUUAAUGAUAAAGAUGAUACCAGUGAAUACAAGCAUGCUUUUGAAAUCAUUCUGAAAGAUGGAAAUAGUGUUAUAUUUUCUGCCAAGUCAGCUGAAGAGAAAAACAACUGGAUGGCAGCACUGAUAUCUUUGCAGUACCGCAGCACCCUGGAGAGGAUGCUGGACGUAACAGUGCUGCAGGAAGAGAAGGAGGAGCAGAUGAGGCUGCCUAGUGCUGAUGUGUACAGGUUUGCAGAACCUGACUCCGAGGAGAAUAUUCUAUUCGAAGAGAAUGUGCAGCCCAAAGCUGGGAUCCCCAUUAUCAAAGCAGGGACUGUGGUUAAACUCAUUGAGAGGCUUACAUACCAUAUGUACGCAGAUCCAAAUUUUGUUCGGACGUUUCUUACAACAUACAGAUCCUUUUGCAAACCUCAAGAACUACUGAGUCUUCUAAUAGAAAGAUUUGAAAUUCCAGAGCCUGAGCCAACAGAAGCUGAUCGCAUAGCUAUAGAGAACGGAGACCAGCCCCUGAGUGCAGAGCUGAAGAGGUUUAGGAAGGAAUAUAUCCAGCCUGUGCAGCUGAGGGUGUUGAAUGUGUGUCGGCACUGGGUGGAGCACCAUUUCUAUGACUUUGAAAGAGAUGCAGACCUUUUACAGAGAAUGGAGGAAUUUAUUGGAACAGUAAGAGGUAAAGCAAUGAAAAAAUGGGUCGAAUCCAUCACUAAGAUAAUCCAAAGGAAAAAAAUUGCAAGAGACAAUGGCCCAGGUCAUAAUAUUACAUUUCAGAGUUCACCUCCCACAGUUGAGUGGCACAUAAGCAGACCCGGGCACAUAGAGACUUUUGACUUGCUCACCUUACACCCAAUAGAAAUUGCUCGACAACUCACUUUACUUGAAUCAGAUCUAUACCGAGCUGUGCAGCCAUCAGAAUUAGUUGGAAGUGUGUGGACAAAAGAAGAUAAAGAAAUUAAUUCUCCCAACCUUCUGAAGAUGAUUCGGCACACCACUAACCUCACUUUGUGGUUUGAGAAAUGUAUUGUAGAAACAGAAAACUUAGAAGAAAGAGUAGCUGUAGUGAGUCGGAUAAUUGAGAUUCUACAAGUCUUUCAAGAGCUGAACAACUUCAAUGGUGUCCUGGAAGUUGUCAGUGCUAUGAACUCAUCGCCUGUUUACAGACUAGACCACACAUUUGAGCAAGUACCAAGUAGACAAAGGAAAAUUUUAGAAGAAGCUCAUGAAUUGAGUGAAGAUCACUAUAAGAAAUAUUUGGCAAAACUCAGGUCUAUUAAUCCACCAUGUGUGCCUUUCUUUGGAAUUUAUCUCACAAAUAUCUUGAAGACAGAAGAAGGCAACCCUGAGGUCCUAAGAAGACAUGGAAAAGAGCUCAUCAACUUCAGCAAGAGGAGGAGAGUGGCUGAGAUAACAGGGGAGAUCCAGCAGUACCAAAACCAGCCUUACUGCUUACGGGUGGAGUCAGACAUCAAGAGGUUCUUUGAAAACUUGAAUCCAAUGGGAAAUAGCAUGGAGAAAGAAUUUACAGACUAUCUAUUCAACAAAUCCCUAGAAAUAGAGCCGCGGAACCCUAAGCCUCUCCCGAGAUUCCCAAAAAAAUACAGCUAUCCCCUAAAAUCUCCUGGUGUUCGUCCAUCAAAUCCAAGACCAGGAACCAUGAGACAUCCCACGCCUCUGCAGCAGGAGCCAAGAAAAAUUAGCUACAGUAGGAUCCCUGAGAGUGAGACAGAAAGUCCAGCGUCUGCACCAAAUUCCCCGAGAACACCACUGACACCUCCUCCUGCAUCUGGCACUUCCAGUAACACAGAUGUUUGCAGCGUGUUCGAUUCUGACCAUUCAGCAAGCCCUUUUCAUUCAAGAUCUGCUUCAGUCUCAUCUAUAAGUUUAUCCAAGGGCACUGACGAAGUGCCUGUUCCCCCUCCUGUACCCCCACGAAGGCGUCCAGAGUCUGCCCCAGCUGAAUCCUCCCCAUCCAAGAUUAUGUCUAAGCACUUGGACAGCCCCCCAGCUAUUCCUCCUAGGCAACCCACAUCAAAAGCCUAUUCCCCACGAUAUUCAAUAUCAGAUCGGACCUCUAUAUCAGAUCCUCCUGAGAGCCCUCCCUUGUUACCACCACGGGAACCUGUGAGGACACCUGAUGUUUUCUCAAGCUCGCCAUUACAUCUCCAACCUCCUCCUUUGGGCAAAAAGAGUGAUCAUGGCAAUGCCUUCUUCCCAAACAGCCCAUCCCCUUUUACACCGCCACCCCCUCAAACCCCUUCUCCUCAUGGCACGAGAAGGCAUCUGCCAUCACCACCACUGACACAGGAAAUGGACCUCCACUCCAUUGCUGGGCCUCCUGUUCCUCCACGACAAAGCACUUCUCAACUUAUCCCCAAACUCCCUCCAAAAACUUACAAAAGGGAGCAUACACACCCAUCCAUGCAUAGAGACGGACCACCUCUGCUGGAGAAUGCCCAUUCUUCCUGAGCUCCUCCAAGCUGGGAUACACAGUUCCCUAGCCCCCAGAUCCAUUGCUGGCAAUGGAUGCACUGAACAUGCCAGCACUGAAGAGUUCAAAUGAGAACUCCAAACACUAACGACUCUACUUCACGAUGUAGUAUAAGACAGUGAGUUUUAACCUACAUGGAAUUAUGGAAUAAAAUGGUAUUCCAGCUUAGAAUGUGGAGACUGAUCAGAGGAAGUGGACAACUGAUUGCACCUGGAAAUCACGUGAAGGGACUUUUCUGGCCUUUAGGCAGGAGUCCUCAUAUUGUGAAGUGAUCUUUAUCAUUAAAGGGAUGGAAAACAGUCUAAUGUCCAACAAGCCCAUAUGUUGACAGUUUUUGUAAUUCAAAAUAUUAUGCACUUUUAAAAAAUCUUAAACAGGGAUCUUCUCCUCCUCCUCCUCCUCCUCCUCCUCCUUUGUUUUCCUUCGCGUUACUCUUCUACUUUAGAAUAUUUUUGUAAAACUUAUUCAGAGGACUGUGAGAAAAGGCUGUGGUCCCUGACCUUGUUGAAAUCAAGGCCAGCACUGUCCUGCAGUCGUUUACAGGUUAUUACAGCGAAUUGAAUGGGUACCGAGGCUUCACCAAAGAGGGGCUCUUUGUUAUUGUUAUUGUUUUAAGAAUAAUUAUGCCAAGUUUAAGAACAUCCCCUACCUACCCCGACUCACAAAAUGUGGUGGUGUUGCCUUCAAACAAAAAAUGUCAAUGUCAUUAACAUGCUGGAAGAAGAACAUUUUAAAAUGUAACUGUCAAGUACACUAUUUACACUUAGGAGACUGUUAAUCUAUGCUAGACUGUCAUCCCCCAGCCCCUUUGUCUCCCAGAAGUUUACUGGUAAUAUAUGUCCUGGCUCGUGGCUGUCCCUCUAACCAUACACAGAAAUGCAGGCACCCAAUGUGAACAAGAGCACUCUCUGGGCCUCCCUGACACCUUUCAUGUUUUACUAAUAGUUGAGUAGUUAGCGUACCUAGAAUUACCUUGCAUUGCCUAAAUCAUGUGUAUAUAGUGAAUGUUAUAUAAUAUACCUUACAGGUCUGUUAUUAUUUAAUUAAAUAAAGAUAAACUACUUUGUUUGGCUGGCAUAUAUUAAAUUAUUAUAUGGAGAAAAUGGUUGAUUCUUAUUUCUUUGGGUUGAAAACAUACAAACACUAAGCAUAAAAGCACAUGUGGUGGUACCUGGGUAUCUAGUUCUUACAGAAUAAUCUCAAGUUGGAGAUUGGCAUGAAGGGAAAUACUGGCUUAAAGUAGAAUAGUUAUCUUUUAAGCAGAACCUUGCAUCUUUUUAAAAUUUCUUGAGCAACCAUACAUAUUUGUGAAGAUUUAUAUUGAACAUUCUACUCUGCUUAAGAUCUUCGGUUCCUUCAGAGCUUCUCCUUAGAGUAUCUACCUGCAUCCUUAAUACCACGUGAUAAUUCAUGAAGCCUUGUGCUGCUCUUCUGAGUCUAACAAAUACUGUGACUGAAAUGCAUGCAACUUGAAAACGUUUUAUUCUCCACUAUGUCUGUGAACUGUGUAGUAUUCCAUUCUUCAACAGUCAUCAGUAUGUGCAUGUGUCCUCAGUAAUGAUGCAGCAUUUCAGUAAUUCUGUUAACUGUGCUGCAUCAUAGUGGCAACUUUGUAUUUAUUAGCGAGUUAAAUGCAUCUUGGUAGUGCAGUGUAUAGUCUUCUAAGAUCAGAAGAACAUUAAUUGUAUCAUCAUGAGGCAGUCUAGUUUGUUAGAGUUGGUUCAUUUUCACUCAGCUAUGUUAGCCAUUUUUCUCUUUGUAAAAGGUCUCCUUUUUAAAAAGAGUCCUCAAAAGUUAAUUUCAAAUCCCUUCUUGGAUGCAAAGUGUGCGUUAGGCCAUUCAUUGAACAAAAAUAGCUAAGCAUACUUACUAAUGCUGCUCUGUAUGACUGUAAUGCACAUCCCCAACUCUCCCAUGACUUUUUAGACCAGCCUAACUGUCCCUAAAAUUUCCCAUGGCUUUUUGAUCAUCCCGUCCUUACUUCAAAUGCGAAUCUAAGAAAAACAACAUUAGAAGCCCAUUCAGUAUCUCUGUGGCAAGUGCUGCCUUCAACCAGGCGAUGGCCCCUUUCAGUCUGCCUGAGCCAACAAGGGGAGGAGAGCUCAGAUUUGGGGUGAACUAUAUUUCUCCCACAGGGAACCAUUCUCUAUCCCACUGUUCUAAGAGACCACUUCACCAUGCAGUCAUUUUAUAUGCAUCAUGGAUAGAGGAUAUUUUUAUUCUCCAAUACAACUUUUUGGCAAAAAUUAUUUUCUGCAGCAGUAACUGACUUCAAAAAUUCUAAUUGGAUGCUCUGAGAAGGUGAGAAAGCUGUAUCCUUGUGUGAACCAUUAUCUGGCUGGCAGGUUUAUCCUUAGUCAUAAAUGUACUUCUGGGAUAAGAAGUGGCAGAAGACAAAUGCACCAUUAAGAACUGCAUCUGAAUUAAGAGAUUACAAGGCAGCCAGUGCAGCAAAACUUGCUUAACUAUGCUCCCAAAUAUGGGGCGUUUCUUCCAGAAUCAAAGUGUCAGCAAAUGUUUUCUUAUGCUUGGCUCACAAAGGGAGUUCCCCUUGGUAGCUCAUUACCAAUAUAAUAGAAAUGCCUUUUCACAGCUAAGCACUUUGAAAAACAGGGACAGAAAAGUAGUAUUUCUUUAUUAAGGCGAGAUAUUUACUCUUUUACUCCUUCAAAUGUGUUUGAAGACUACAAAUGACAAAUACUGAAAAUCUGCCUAAUUGAAAUUUUUUGCUUAAAUAAAGCUGUUGGGCAUCAAACUAUGAGUUUAGUAAGCCACUCUUCUCUAACUCAGUGUUUUAGUGAAUCUGAGUUGAGCCAAGAGAAUACCAAGUAAAUACAGUCAGCAGAACAGUCUACUAAAGGACUAUUAAAGUUGAAGGCUAUGCUACGAUUUCAAAUUCUUCCUUAAUGCAAACCAAAAGUGGUAUUUAUCAUAAUGAUAAUUUAAGUUUUGCUCACAUCACUAUCUUAAUGGCUUAAAUUAGGGAUAUUUGAUAGUUCUAGAAAAUAAAUGGGGAUGUUGUCCCAGUUACAUACAGAAGAAAACCUUUGCUAUCCUCUCUUCCUAAUCAGAACCAAGGCAACCAUUUAUCCCUGGCUUGCUGCUGCUGGGUGGUUCUGCAUGCUCUGUCCAUCUCUGUUGUGUGCCUGUUGGACAGUUGCAGGUUCUGUGCAUUCCGUGUUAAUCUUUACAGUAAAUACACAUCACAAGGUUACUUUCAGUUUGGCUGAAGGAGAACUGUGCAGUAAAAUGCGAAGGAAAGUAAUGACUUUAUUCAAUGGUUUUUUUUUUUUUCAUUUGAAACACUACUAAAUUUUAAAAUAAUUUCAUAGUCCCUUAUACAUAAGCCAAUGAAAUAUUCUGAGUUCUAGUUA